UUUCUAAGCUCACUUUUGAGUUUGAGCGGUCUGCAAUGGGUACAUCGGGUCGAAUCCCCGGCUUGACUUUUUUCAAGGGCGUGACCUAUGCAUUUCGUAUAACUCAUGAUGAGGAUGAGUGGGUAUACGAUGAGGAACCACAUACAAAGCGACGACAAGAAAUACUGUCCAAGUAUCCCCAAAUCAAAACCCUUAUGGGACCCGAUCCACGUGUUGCCUUGUAUAUCACAGCAGAGGUGAUCUUUCAAAUUUUCAUGGCCACACUUAUCUCAAUCUAUCAGCCAAAUUGGUUCGUUUGGCUUGUGCUUACCUACGUGGUGAGUGGGACGGUGAAUCAUUCGCUGGGCUGUGCGAUUCACGAAGUCGGGCACAAUUUGGCUUUCGGACACAAAUACGGCACAGCAAACAGGGUCUUAUCUUUGUUCUGCAAUUUGCCCAUGGCCGUUCCGUUGGCGAUCUCGUAUAAGAAGUACCAUCAGGCGCACCACAGGUGGCUUGGACAUGAGGACGCUGACGCCGACAUGCCAUUACGUAUUGAGGCAAAAUUAUUUAGUCACCCUAUCUGCCGCUUUAUUUGGUUAUGUCUGCAUCCCCUGCUGUACGCGUUUCGACCUUUCAUCAAACAACCUCGUCCAAUCACCGUUUGGGAAUUAGUCAAUUUUCUCGUCCAGAUGGUGUUCGAUCUGGUUGUGCUUCGAUUCCUGGGCUUUCAAGCGCUCGCCUACCUUGGUGUUGGCACGCUUUUGGGACUUGGACCGCAUCCGAUGACCGGACACUUUAUUAGCGAACACUACCUAUUCGCAGAUCAGCAGGCCACUCACUCGUACUACGGCUGGUGGAAUCCUCUGAUUUACAAUUUGGGAUACCACGUGGAACACNUCCCUCCAUUCCGUCAACCCACUUCCUCUGCUUGCCAAGAUCGCACCGGAAUACUAUGCUCAUCUGCCGUACCACAGUUCGCUAUGUAAGUGCUUUGGGACUUUUUGUUUUACCCCGAGAACGGACCGCAGGCACACUGUGUCAAUUCUGAAGACUUGUCAAAACCAGAACUUUAUGCAAAAGCCCCAAAGGGUCUGAUUGCUGACUAUUAUGAAUCCCAUAAUGGUAUAGCUAACGGUGAUGUCAAAAAAACGGGCAUUCCUAAAAUUUGAUGUUUCCCUUACAGUCAAAUACCACAUUCCCUUCCCCCAAAUAACCGCUUACAUUCACUGGACGCGACGAUUUUCUCGACAUUGAAUUUUGCGAUUUGUAAUUUCCAAGCUUACUACUCUUUUCAUGACAUCUAGGUUUUUGAAGAAGACCGACAAUUUAUACGUGCUCCGAUGGACCAAAUUGUAGCCCUGCUUUGUGACGUGAAAAGUGUUUGGAGAAACUGUCAUCCGCUGUUGUUUUUUGUGUACUCCUUUUUUAUCCAUAUUGCUGUUGUGUGAUUGACAGAUCAGAUCGUGUCGGAAUGCUUUCGAAAUGAGGUAUCCUUUAUUAGUUUGUAUCACCAUAUUUGCUUGUCUAAGUUUGACCAAAUUUUCACUCAAUGUCAAUAUAGAUAUUUUUUGGGAGAUA